AUGCGUUUCUUCAAGUACCUUGUUUUUGCCGCCCCUCUCGCUCUUGCGACUCCCAGGCCCAACCCGGUAGCAGCUCCUGCGCCUGAUGGUGGUCUCCUCUCGGAGCUGCCUGCGCUCAUCGACGCCGUCAAGGACCUCUUGAGCACCGACACUCUCAAUGACAUCCAAACCAUCGUCAAGGGUGGUGCAGUCCUUCUGGGCGGAGACACUCCCAAGAACCUACAGAAGCUUCUGUCGAGUGAGAACAUCGAUAAACUGCAGGGUAUCGUUGAUAAUGCCGACGGUCUCUUGACACCGAAAUUUGUCAACGAGACAACAACCCUGAUUGACGCUGCGUCACCGCUCGUCGAUAAUGUCUCGAAACUAUUGGCUGGACUCCUGGGAUCCUUGAUUUAA